AUGAAUACAAGGCACGACCAAUAAGAUACUCAGAAGUCCUUGUUGUGGGAGCAUUCCUAAGCUCUGCCUCCAUUCUUUGCCGAAAAUAUUUUAUAUUUGGAAAUGGAAGUGGAAUGCAAUAAUGUCACUAUAGAGGUCGUCAAUCAAUUGCUAGAAUUGUAUCGAAUCGGAGUAGAAUAUUUCGAAUCCAUUAAAAGCAAUAAGUUUUUGAUUUUCAAAAACAAAACCUAAUAGUUAUUGAUGAGAGGAACUGUCAAUCAAUGCAUGAAUGUUGCAUAUGAAGAAUUAAAACACGAAACUGCAUUAAAGAAAUCCAAACAUGUUUAAGGUCACGACAUCCUCCCUCCCCCAUCUCCAAAAGUCAAUAUUCCUUCAAAAUCCUAAAAAUAAUAAGAGCUCGAAAAUCAACUCAAAUACAUUAAAGAACAAGAUUAGAAGUUGCAAGUGAAUCAACUUCUUGAAUUUCAUGGCUACGAAUCACAGAGAGUUACAAGAAUCCAUAACAAGGCAUUACAAGAAUAAGAAGAUCAAGUGUAAUUGAGAUUGCAAAGAAGAAGACUACAAUCAGUCAAAAUAAAAGGACAACGAGAAUGA